AGCGGGUGCGGCCAUGGCGCUGAACCUGGCCAAGAACGGGCGGGCGCUGCAGGAGGCCUACGGGAGCGUGGUGGCCACGGGGAGCAGCACGGACUGGGCUUUGUUCACCUAUGAAGGCAACAGCAAUGACCUGCGAGUGGCCGGCUCUGGAGAUGGGGGGCUGGAGGAGAUGGUGGAGGAGCUCAACAGUGGGAAGGUGAUGUACGGCUUCUGCCGCGUGAAGGAUCCCAACUCUGGGCUGCCCAAAUAUGUCCUCGUCAACUGGACGGGUGAAGGUGUCAAUGAUGUGCGGAAAGGAGCCUGCGCCAACCACGUCAGCACUGUGGCCAACUUCCUAAAGGGUGCUCACGUCACCAUCAAUGCCCGGGCAGAAGAGGACGUGGAGCCUGAACUCAUCAUGGAGAAGGUGGCCAAGGCCUCCGGGGCCAACUACAGCUUCCACAAGGAGAGCAGCAAGUUCCAGGACUCAGGCCCCCAGGCUCCCGUGGGCUCUGUGUACCAGAAGACGAACGCGAUGUCUGAAAUCAAGCGGGUCAAUAAGGAUAAUUUCUGGGCCAAAGCAGAGAAGGAUGAGGAGAACCGGCGGCUGGAGGAGAAGAGGAGGGCAGAGGAAGAGCGGCAGCGGCUGGAGCGGGAGCAGCGUGAGCGGGAGCUGCAGGAGGCGGCGGGGCGGGAGCAGAUGUUUAAAGCCAGAUCCAGUGAAAUCGAAGCCCAGAAGAGACUCCAGCAGCAACAGGAGGCUGAGAACAGGGACAGGGAGCAGCAGCAAUGGAAAGAGCGGGCUGAGGAGUACGAGGCGCAGCAGCGGAAGGGCGUCAGGAGAAGCGAGUCAGUGGAGAAAGCCCAGGAGGCCGCCACGCUGAUUGCACAGAGAGCCGUCAACCCCCGCGACAUCUUCAAGCAAAGGGAGAGAGCGGGGCCAGGGGACACGGGGAUGCCAGCACAGCCAGGGAAGCUCCGCAGCCCAUUCCUGCAGAAGGAGAUGAACUCUGUGCCCAGUCCUGCCUCCCCCAGCCAGGAUGUUUGGGGGUCCCCGCCGGCCUCCCCAGUACCUGCAGCAGGACGGGACUCUGGAUACAAUUCUGGUGUUCCAGGGUCCCACAUAGAAGAGAAUCUAUAUGAGGAGCCCCCAGAGCCCUCGGCCAUCUAUGAGGAGCCGCCCCAGGAACAAGUUGACGAUACCAAAUAUGACUACAGGGUGGAGUACCAGGAGCCAUUGGACCUGGCAGGGAAGGGGCUCUGUGCCCGGGCACUCUAUGACUACCAGGCUGCUGAUGACACUGAGAUCUCCUUUGAUCCUGAGAACAUCAUCACCAACAUCGAGAUGAUCGAUGAGGGCUGGUGGCGCGGCUAUGGCCCCGACGGCCACUUCGGGAUGUUCCCUGCCAACUACGUGGAACUGAUAGAGUAGGGAACUGGCUCUAGGGGGGCUGAUGGGGGGCUCCAGACCCCUAGG